UAUGGAUAAGCCUCCUUAAUAAGAAGAAAAACAUUUAUUUAAAAUAGUUUUAAUUGGUAAUCAAACUCCUAAUUAGCACAAGGCGAUUCUAGUGUUGGAAAAUCUAAUAUACUUUCAAGAUUUACAAAAAGAUAAUUUAAUUUUGAUAGCCAACCAACCAUAGGAGUAGAAUUUGCUACGAGGUCAUUGACAGAAAAUGGAAAAAUAAUUUAGGCAUAAAUUUGGGAUACUUGUGGAUAAGAAAGAUAUAAAUCUAUCACAAGUGCAUAUUACAGAGGAGCAGUUGGUGCAAUGUUAAUUUAUGAUAUUACAAAAUAAAAAACUUUUGAAAAUAUAGAGAAAUGGAUCUAAGAAUUGAAAGAGUAUGCUGAGACUAAUGUAGUAGCUAUGUUAAUUGGGUAUUAUAUCCUAAAAGAAAUAGAAAUAAAGCAGAUUUAAAAGCUUAAAGAAAAGUUCCUAGCGAUAAGGCUGCUUAAUUUGCAGAAAAUCAUACAAUGGCUUUUAUGGAGGUUAGUGCCUUUGAUGGAACAAACGUUGAUCUUGCCUUUUCAAGACUUAUUAAUGGUAUUUUGAUUUUAAUUUAGAGAAAUAUAUUAAUUAAUAAAUAAAUAGUCUUUAGCAGAAAAUUAAGAUUAAUCACUAUAGCAAUAGAUGCAGAGCAGAAACAACAUGUAAAUUCAAUAAUCUUAAUGUAAUUAAUCAUCAGACACUUGUUGUAAAUGA